CUUGUCCCCCAUGAAUUCCCUGAACAGUUCGCAGUUGCUCACUGUCUGGGAACUAAUCAUGGUCCAACAGUGUCCCAACGGAUGCAGAGUGGUGAGAAUGGAAUCAAGAAAUUGGAUUGGGGAAUGAGCACCAAACCACUUUGUGGCUGUAGUAAUGGAAAAGGAAGUCGAACCGAAGUGGGAGUAAAAGCAUAACAAACCAAAAGCAGAGAAGCGUAUUAAAAUCCAGCAACCGAAAAGGGAAAGUUGAAGUAAGUUUGAGAGGAAGGGAACGAAGAAGCGCAAGGGCGGAUAGCAGUGAGUAGUAGUAGUGAGGGAUGGGCAGCCAAAGAUUCCGCCAGAAGUGGCAACUACACCCGUCAAUAGAUUGACUGCGUUGGGAUUUGUACUGCCGCUUUGCUUAAUACGGGAGAAGAAGCAACCUUUUCUUCGAUCGUUCCGGUGGCGAUUGGAUAUCUUCUGUUCAGAGAUCAGAAGCAAGCUUUUCUUUGAUUGUUAGGGAGGAAAUUUGGAAGACUGGCUGUUCGGAGCUCUUCUGAGAAUUUUGAUCUUUAAUUUUGAUUGGACAUAGUCGUGGUUGAUACUGAUGUAGCAUCGCACAUAAAUUGUCAACUUAAAUACAACAGUUCAGAGGUUUUCAGGAAGUUCUGGCUCUUCAAUUUGUUCGUGGACUGUUGUUUGUUUCAACAGAUAAAGAAGAAUGGAGGCGGACCAUAAAUUGAAUUUUCACAAUGGAAGAGUCUUUCCUCCAUCUCUUAGCAAUCAGAAUGUAGUAUCGUUUCAACCAGUGGCAAUAGGGUUGGUAUCAGAGGGAAUGUAUAAUUCAGAUGAAAUUAGCACUAUGGCAGGAAUGAUCUUGCCUGGCAACCCUGGCACUCAAAGUCAUACUGCUUCUGUGAUGCCACUGCUAGGUAAUCUUUCAGGUAACAUCAUUCUGGAUCCCAUGCCCCCUGCCAAGCACCCUGCAACGGUGGCUACCCAUUGGUCUUUGGAAGAGUUAUAUGUGUUGAGACAAGGCCUCACGGAAUAUUCUACUGAGCCUAUUAAUAUAAUGAAAUAUAUCAAGAUAGCAGCUAAACUGCCUGAGAAGACAGUGAGGGAUGUUGCAAUGAAGUGCCAGUUGAUGGUUGAGUAUUCACUUAAACAUAACGAGGAGAGUGGUAAAAGACGCAGAUUAGAAAAUUACCAUGUUGAAAAGAAGGAAAAGAUUGUGUAUACUUCCUCACUGAGCACCGUGCAUUCUUUGCAACCAGAGAGCGUGGCCACCUUUUCAUUGAGGGUGCAUGAUGUGCCGAGCAAUAAUCAACUUUGUCAAGCUACUCCAAUAAACUUUGAGACACAGGGCCUUCUAAUGGAGAAUUUUAAUCUUCUUAGUCAGAUUGGAUCAAACCUUGAACUGAAUAAGGUUCAAGAUAACAUCAACCUAUUCUAUUGCACCAGAGAAAACAUAACCAACAUUUUAACUAGCAUGAGUGUCGACCCGGGCAUUAUGAGUCAAAUGCCUUCAUUGCCUGUGUUAAUCGAUGAUCAUCUUUUCCAGUCUAUUCUUCCCCUUGCUAACCAGGUGCAUUUACCUGCAAAUACUUCUCUAAAGGAAGAGCCGAGAUACUGGUAAAUCUUUUUCGCUUGGAGGGUGGCGAUUCGAUAUCUGUAACUGAAGUUGGCUUCGACAUAGCAAAUCGAAGCUUCUUCAGAUGGCUGCUAUGUUCUUCAAGGGAGAUCCUACUCAGAGCUAUAGCCGCGAUAUGCCUUGCAUUCAGUAUGAUAUAUAAAUGCAACUUGAUCUGUUACUGAGUUGCCAAUGUAAAUCCUUCAUUUGGUAGCAAGUGUCUAUAUAAUGAGGUGCUUUCAGGUCCAGUGAUUCUUUUGGAUUUUUAUCAUAUUCUUUUUUUUCUGCGUUUUAGUUCAAUAAACGUAUGUAGUCUGACUGAACAAUCUUCAAACUAUAUAUGUCGCAUGGAAGAAUGUAUGUGAAGACAGACUUUUAUCAUUUCAGAGAUAUAAAUUUGUAAAUCAUCUAAA